AUGUUAGAUGAACUAUAUAAAGCAAAAGAUGAAGUCAUUGAAUCCAAAGACAAAAGCAUACAGAAAAGAAUACCACGUUCAGUACCAAAAGGAAAGGAAAAGAGUUAUAGGUAUAUGAUAUAUACUGAAGAAUUGGAGAAAGAAGAAGAUAAAGAUAUGGUUAUGUUGCAUUUAGUCAGAAGAAACAACAAGAGCUUUUAUGACUUAGCUAAAAUAUAUAAAUCUGACAGAAACUGGUUCUAUCGUGAAAACUUACCGAUUUCAAUGACACCGAAUGAGCAAAUAAAGGAAAUUGUCAAAAAUACUCUUCCUCAAACACACUAUGACAUCAAAGGUUGCACAAUACUUACAUUCAAAGAAGACUUAACAUUACUGAAGGAAAAAAUAACAGAAUAUUUCGAUAACUUCAAAGAGGAAGAAUGA